AUGGCUACCUUUUUGAAAAAGCCCUUGAAGCUCGCCCUGGUGCAGCUUGCAUCUGGCGCGGACAAGGCCAUCAACCUCUCGCAUGCCCGGAGCAAGGUCCUCGAGGCUGCACAAGGCGGCGCCCGCUUGAUUGUGCUCCCAGAAUGCUUCAACUCUCCCUACGGCACACAAUUCUUCCCAAAGUACGCCGAGACACUCCAACCCUCUCCUCCGACGAAAGAACAAUCACCCACAUUCCACGCGCUAUCGGCCAUCGCCGCUGAGGCGAACGCAUACUUGGUCGGUGGCAGUAUCCCUGAGCUCGAAGAGUCCACCAAGAAAUACUACAACACCUCCCUGGUAUUCUCGCCAACAGGCUCAUUAAUCGGCACCCACCGCAAGACACACCUGUUCGAUAUCGAUAUCCCAGGCAAGAUCGCGUUCAAGGAGAGCGAUGUGCUGUCCCCGGGUAAUCAAUUGACCGUGAUUGAUCUCCCGGAAUAUGGAAAGAUUGGUCUGGCUAUCUGCUACGAUAUCCGGUUCCCCGAGGCUGCUAUGAUCGCUGCCCGCAAGGGCGCCUUCUUGCUUGUGUACCCCGGUGCAUUCAAUACAACUACCGGCCCACUUCACUGGUCCUUACUUGGCCGGGCGCGCGCAGUGGAUAAUCAGUCGUAUGUGGCGCUCUGCAGUCCUGCCCGGGACCUGAACGCGAGUUACCAUGCAUAUGGGCACAGUUUGAUUACUGACCCCAGUGCCAACAUCUUGACUGAGGCAGAGGAAAAGGAGACUAUUAUUUAUGCUGACUUGGACAAUGAGGCGAUCGUGAACAUUCGCACAAGCAUUCCCAUUUACACCCAGCGUCGGUUUGACCUUUACCCUGAUGUCAGUGGUGAGGGAUCUCAAUAA